CUUCAGCUUUGAAAGGCUGAGUUGAGUAACGUUUGCUUAUAUCUACCCAAGUGGAGUGACCAGCAUCGAUUUAAAGAAUUGGCGUAAAUUUUAAUUCAAAUUUCGCAGACAAUUAUCGAAAUUGUGACAGCUCUCAGGUGUAAUUUGCUAUCAUCCAUCAUGGAAAACUCAGCUGACGACUACAGGAUCCAAUCAUUUGACCUGGACACCCAGAUGUUGCUGAAAACAGCAUUGAAAGACCCAAGUUCAGUCAACCUGGAGAAGGUAUCCAAUAUCAUCAUGGAUCAGUCUUUAAAGGACCACGUGUUCAGCAAAGAGGCCGGACGCAUCUGCUACACCAUUGUGCAGGCCGAGGCCAAGCAGAGCAAUGGAAAUGUUUUCAGGAGGAACCUGUUGAACCGGCUCCAGCAGGAGUUCAGGGACCGUGAGGAGACAAGGGGCCGUUCGCUGCACGAGUGGGUGUGCUACGUCACGUUCAUCUGCAACAUCUUUGACUACCUCAAAGUGAACAACAUGCCGAUGGUGGCCCUGGUCCAUCCUGUGUUUGACUGUCUGAUGAGGCUGGCCCAACCAGAUGCUCUUAUGAAUGAGGAGGAGGUGGACUGCCUGGUGCUGCAGCUGCAUCGCAUCGGAGAGCAGCUGGAGAAGGUGAACAGCCAACGGAUGGACGAGCUGUUCUUCCUGCUGCGCGACGGCUUCCUGCUCCAGGAGGGCCUUUCAUCCAUGGCCCGUCUGCUGCUGCUGGAGAUCCUGGAGUUCAGGGCCGGCGGCUGGCUGCUCAGCAGCACUGCCCACAAGUACUACUACAGUGAAAUUGCUGACUAGGAUCGUUGCAAGGACAAGGGUGCUGAACAGCUGUUCUGCAGCUGCGUUGGCCAACCUUCAAGCACCUUGAAUACCUCUCCUAAGUCACCACUGAUUAUGAAACCAGCAACAUCCUCCAGGAAGUCAGUGGAGGGUUUUGUGAAGAGUGCGGUUCAUAAACUGUAAAAAGACUUUCAUUUUGCUGGAUUGUUCCUGCGUUUGAGAAUAUUGCUGAGACAUGGUGCCGUGGAUGUGGAACGUGCAAUAGUUCACAAGGAGCUGAAGUUAAGUUAACGAGGUUUAGCCACAUUCAGGUACACUUUGUUUAAGGUUUGAUUGCAGCUAAAGAAGCUGGAUAGAUUUUUUUUAUUUUAUUGUUGUUUUUAAUCUUGCAGGCAUUCCUGUUUUCAGAAAACAUUUCAAAGUCCGACUUAUUUUAUACCAGAUCCAAAGGGCUUGGAAUAGACAUUCCAGUCAGAGGCAAGCUGAUUUGGUCUUUGCUUUAUUUUUUACUGUUGUAUGACCAACAUUUUAAUUGAAUUGAAAAUCAAUAUUUUACUUAUUUAGUUGAAUAUUUUUGUGUAGAACUUUACAAAUGGUUUGCAGUUCAGGGGAGUUUUUUGCCUAACCCUUUGUCCUGUAGGAUUCCUGUUACUGUUUCUUUCCAUCUCAUUAUGUGUGGCUGUUUUUUCAGAUGAAGCGUUGUGUCUUAAUUCAGGGAUCUUUUUCUUUUUUUGUUUUCUGAAAGCUCCACUUAAAAAGAAGGAAAAAAGACCAAGAGAUUGGUUAUAGUUCAUAUUUAAACUGUGUUUCUACAGAUAAAUCAGUCAGAUAUUUUCGAUUCACACGUUUUGUUUGUUACACAAGUUGUGCCAAUAUGAUAAGAACAGCAUGAUCCAAUACAGGACACUUGACAAAGCCAAAGCCCUUAAUUUGUAGUUGAAGUCUAGGAGGACAGUGGUGGAAGAAGUACUCCGAACAUUUACUUAAGUAAAAGUAGUAGUACCACUUUGUAAAAGACUUGCAUUCAAAUCUUUUCUUAAGUACAAAAGUAUUAGCAUCCAAAAAUACUGAAUAUGAAAGUGCUCAUUCUUGCAGAAUGACCCAGAAACAUUCAGAUUACAUCACUUUAAUGUUGCAGCUUGUAUGGGUGGGGCUAAUUUUAAUUCUUUAUAUACUGUUGGGUAGCUUGUGGACUUCCCCCUUGGAUCAAUAAAGUCGUACCUUAAUUAAACAGAAUUUAUUUGUUCAUAUUUUGUACUAUUAAUUGAAUCUGCAAAUUAGCCAGUAACUAAAGCUAACAAAUAAAUGUAGGGCUUUAAAAAAAGUACAAUAUACUAAUAUAGAGUAGCAGAAAACGGAAAUAUUGACCUACCUAAAAACUGUAUGUGAGUAAAUGUGCUCGGUUAUUUUCCACCACUGCUGGUAUUUUUCCUCCCCUCACAUAUACACAGGUCAGUUAUGAGCAUAAAGCUUGUAGAAGUUUUUUUUCCUUGAAUCCAGCUUCCACCAGCAUAGGUCUGCUACAGCCUGUGUAGCAGAGCUUAGUUGUACGUCCGAGUCUGUUGUCACCUUUGUUGAUACUCAGUAACAGCUUUUGUCUUCAAAGCUGUGCCUUGGAAUCAGACCGACACAAGUCUUUGACAUGACAUUAUUUUUGAAACGCUGCACCUGUAGUUAUGUAAAGUCUAACUUAAUAUAGAAUUGGCUUUCACACACAAAAUCAAAGCCCAGGAUGAGGGAUAACUGCCCACCAUAACGAGUCUACUGGCAAUGGGAAAUAUGUUUACUCCAGAUUAUGGCCAUGUAGUUUGCAGACAAUUCCUUUUGUUCCUGAAGUCUCAGGCGAUACUUUGAGCAAUGAGAGCUCUUCAAGUGGAGCCCACUAAAGGAUGCCACAGUUCUUCUCAACUGUAGGUAAAAAUAAAAAGUGGAAUGUUGUAAAUUAAACUGGACAGCGAGGUCUUCAAAAGAGUAUUGACCCUUAUCCCCAAACAUGUUAGGAGAAGAAUGUAUCCCCCUGUUGUACCGCUGCCAGCACUGAUCAAGCUUAAUUGGUUACUUGCCAAUCCCUCCAGACUGCUAUUAGGUAGAAAUUAAAAGAACUGAAUUAAAAGCCCAGCCAUGGUCAGGAAUUAGGAUAUGUUAUAUCUCCUCAUUAUUUUUUUCUAGUUCUGUUUGGAAAUUUGUGUGUAGGCUUAAAUAUGUGUCACCACAUUCAGACCAAGUCCAUAAAACAGAGAAGUGGGUUUAAUUGAUCCUAGUUAAGUUAACCACGAUGGAAUGCUGUAGAUACUAGUCUCUAAAGAGCACAGAACUGACUGUAAUAUAUGUUUAUAUAUUUUAUUACACCGUUGCAACUUUUUUACAUUUUACUCAAUUCCAUUUUUCACGGUUGGGUUGUACAUUUAUUGCAAACUUAUUUGUUCUAAUAAAUCUUGGACGUUUUUCAUU